CACUCCAGAUCAGUGGGGGCGGUAAUGCGCACUUGCAGUUUGUCAACCGCCAAGAAAAACCUACAAAGAAGGAGAAGAAACAGGAAGUAAACCAAAAGGCGCGCGGAAGCGGUAGUGCGGAAUCAGAUUGAAGCUUUGUUUUUUUUCCCCGUCUCUCUGCCGAAUAUUUCAGCAACAAUGUCUUCAGUUCCACAUCUGAGGGAGUUUAUCAGAGAGCGACUAACUGUUGCUGCUGAAGAAAUCUUCACGGAGGUUGAAAAAACCAUCCUCCGCUAUGAGGAAGACAUCAGACUGAUGGAAAUCUACUGGAAACCUCAGAUAAAACUCAACAGAAUCGAACAAAUGCAAUCCCAUAUUUCCAGUGAGAACAAAUCUUUGGACAUCCAACAGCUCUGCAACCAAGUGAGGAGGUCCAGCCAUGACCAAGAAGAAACAGAAUCUCAUCGUGCUCAAGAUCAGAGGGAAUCAGAUCAUAUUCCUUUUGAAGUAGAAAAUGAACAGGGACCUCCAUGGAUUAAAGAAGAAAAAGAGCCCCUAGAACCUUCUCUGAUCAAAGAAGAAAGCGAGGAACCAGAGUCUAAAUGUACUAAUGAGGAUACAAAGGAUCCAGGUUUGCUACUGAAAGAAGAAGUUGAUGAACCAAGGUCUCCAUUGAAUAAAGAAGAUGAGAAACCAUCAUCUGUAUUAAUUGAAGUAAAAGAAGAAGAUUCUGUCUUGUCUGUAAAAGAAAAAGGGCAACUAUGCGUUUUGGCUUUUAAAAAUAACCAGAAGGACCAAAGCAGUUGUCAAGAGAAAGAGCAGCCUGUCAAGGAGCAGUCCAUCAUUUUGACGGAGACCCUAACUUCAAAGGAAGUUAAAGUGAGUGAAGGAAAACCAAGAACUGAAAAGCCUUAUAAUAUGCCUCAAACUGACAAAGAGAUAAGAUAUUUGAAAUGUGAAAUUUGUGGGAAAUACUUAAAGAGUGAAAGAACUCUGAAACGGCAUUAUAAAACCCAUACAGCUGAGAGGCCCUUUCAAUGUGAGACAUGUGGAAAAAGUUUCUCUCGAAAGGGUACCUUAACUAAGCACAUGAGAACCCACACAGGCGAGAAACCUUAUACUUGUAAGAUAUGUGGAAGAGGUUUUUCUCAGAUGGCCAUUUUAACUAUUCACUUGAGAACUCACACAGGUGAGAAACCCUUUCCAUGUAGGAUAUGUGGAAAAGGUUUCUCUAGAUCUGUUUAUUUAAAGGAACACAUGCAAACCCACACUGGUGAGAAACCAUUUUCCUGCGAGACAUGUGGAGAACGUUUCACUCGUAUGAAAAGUUUAAAUUGUCACAUCACAACCCACACAGGUGAGAAACCGUUUUCAUGUAAGACAUGUGGAAAAAGUUUCUCUCAGAUUAGUUAUUUACAGGUUCACAACAGAACCCACACAGAUGAGAAACCUUUUACUUGUAAGACAUGUGGAAAAAGUUUCUCUCAGAUUGGUUAUUUACAGGCUCACAACAAAACCCACACAGGUGAGAAACCUUUUACUUGUAAGACAUGUGGAAAAGGUUUUGCUAACAUGAGUUAUUUAACUGUUCACACCAGGGCCCAUACAGGUGAGAGACCUUAUUCAUGUAAGAUAUGUGGAAAAACUUACUCGUAUCGUAGUAAUUUUAAUAAUCACAAGAAAACCCACACAAGGGAGAUACCUUUGCAUGUCAAAAAUGUGGAAGAAGCUUAGUUAACAUUGGCAGAAAUAAUAUUGCCCAUGAUACAAAAACACAAAAAUGACAAGUACUUAUUAGAUUUCUCCUGCUGCCAUACACUUGUUGUGCAAAACGAUAUACUGCAGGUAAUGAAUAAAUUAUUAACUAGAACUGGAGAUGUAGUUAAUUAUUUAACUUAUUCAAAAUAGGAGGUGAAAUCAAUUUAAUGUUCUUAGUUGAAUAAUUGUAGCUUUAAUUUGCUUACUUACCAGGGUUUGUGCCUUUCUCCACUGGAUGGUUCCUGGAUCGGCUGUUAAAAUCCCGGUAUUCCCACCAAUUUAUUGACCUAAGCUAGGUUAUCAGCAGAGCUAUUAAUUAUCAAUCAAAGAACUAUUUAUCACUGUCUUUUCAAACUAUUACCACAAGAAGGUGGAAAUGGCCUGAGUGAUACAUCAUUCGUACGUAAAUUACAACGAACUGCAAGUUAAACAAUGAUGUCUUUAUUCUAAUAAUUCAGGAUUACAGAAAUCUAACAUCUAUGUUCUCUGCACAUACAGAAAUACAAUUGCAAUCAUAUGAGUAACAAAAGCUUUUAAUGACAGAAUGAGUUUAUGCAGCAAGUCAAUAUUUGCAGUGUUGACCCCUCUUCUUCAGGACGUCUGCCUUUCUCCCGGCAUGCUCUCAAUCAACUUCUGGACCAAAUCCUGACUGAUAGCAGUCCAUUCUUGCACAAUCAAUGCCUGCAUUUUGUCAGAAUUCCUAGGUCUUCGUUUGUCCACCCGUCUCUUGAUGAUUGACCACAAGUUUUCAAUUGGAUUAAGAUCAGGGGAGUUUCCAGGACUUGGACCCAAAAUCUCUCUGUUUUGUUCCCUGAGCCAGUUAGAUAUCACCUUUGCUUUAUGGCAAGGUGCUCCAUCAUGCUGGAAAAGGCAUUGUUCAUCACCAAACUGCUCUUGGAUGUUUGGGAGAAGUUGCUCUCAGAGGACAUUCCGGUACCCCACACAUGAAUGGUUUCAGGAUGCUUUACAGUUGGCAUGAGACAAGACUGGUGGUAGCGCUCGCCUUGUGUUGUCUGAACAAGCUGUUUUCCAGAUGUCCCAAACAAUCGGAUUGGGACAAUUGAUCAGAGAAAAUGACUUUAGCCCAGUCCUCAGCAGUGCACUCCCUGUACUUUUUGCAGAAUAUCAGUCUGUCCCUGAUGUUUUUCCUGGAGAGAAGAGGCUUCUUUGCUGCCCUCCUUGAGACCAGGCCUUGCUCCAAGAAUCUCAGCCUCACAGUGCGUGCAGAUGCACUCACACCUGCCUGCUGCCAUUCCUAAGCAAGCUCUGCACUGCUGGUAGCCCGAUCCUGCUGCUGAAACACUUUUAAGAGACGGUCCUGGCGCUUGCUGGUCUUUAUUGGGCGCCCUGGAGCCUUUUUGGCAACAAUGGAACCUCUCUCCUUGAAGUUCUUGAUGAUUCGAUAGAUUGUUGACUGAGGUGCAAUCUUUCUAGCUGCAAUUCUCUUUCCUGUUAGGCCAUUUUUGUCCAGUGCAAUGAUGACUGCAUGUGUUUCUUUAG